AUGUUCAAGAAUGGUGGGCACGAAAUGCGGCAGAAAGUAGCAAAAGAUAAGGAGGAGGCAAAGAAAAGAUGGGAAGAGUCACAGUUAAUGAAAGACAGAGAUAGGUUCAGAGAGAAAAACAAAGCGGUGAAAAAGGUAGUAGCCCAAGCUAAAGCAAAGUCAUAUGAUGAUGUGUAUAAUAAGCUGGGGACAAAAGAAGGAUUAAAGAAGAUGAUCAAACUAUCAAAGGCGAAAAAUAAGAGCACCAAAGAUAUUACACAUAUCAAACAAAUAAAAGAUCAAGAUGGUGUAGUACUUAGAAAGAAGGAAGACAUUGUGAAGAGAUGGAAAGAAUAUUUCGAACAUUUGUUAAAUGAAGAAAAUAAUAAACUAAUAAGAGAGGUACUAAAUACACUGAAGAAGAUGAAGAAUGGGAAGGCAACCGGACCAGAUAUGAUUCCAGUGGAAGCAUGGAAAGCAUUAGGAGAUGAAGGAGUGGAUAUACUGUACGAUCUUAUGAUAAAGAUCCUUGAACAGGAAAAGAUACCAAAUGAGUGGCGUGAGAAUAUAUUGAUCCUAAUUUUUAAAGGGAAAGCCGAUGUCCAAGAGUGUGGUAAUUAUAGGGGCACUAAAUUGAUGUCCCGCACUUUGAAGAUACUGGAAAGGAUGAUAGAUGCUAGACUGAGAGAAGAAGUACGAAUAGAGAGCGGGGAAGAUCUGGAAAUGAAAUUGGAAAGAUGGAGACAAGCACUGGAGGUCAGAGGAAUGAGAAUAAGUAGAUCUAAGACAGAAUAUAUGUGUACCACCGCUGAGGGGGAUGAUAGAGAAAGUAUUCAGCUUGGUGGAGAGCAAAUAGAGUUGGUUUUAAUAUAA